AGUUAUCUGGUUGCCCACCAAUCACUAUCAGGCGCUAGUAAACACAGAAAGGCAAAAACAAGGAGGGCAAAAAGACGUGAGUCGUGAUCAAGAAGUUGAAACCUUAUUUUAAACAAUUCCUUCACAAAGACUUGCCCAUACCAAAGCAAGGCCUCUUCUCUGCCAUAAAAGAAAAAAGUGAACAAAAGCGACUCGCCAAGCGACUCGCCAAGGGCGAGUGCUUUGUUGUUGUGUUUGAAAGUCUGGCAACAAUGGUUCUCCCUUCCAGGUAUUUUUCUCCGAAGGUGAGAACAUCCUCAAGACCUACAAACCUGAACUAGAAUCCGGAGAGAGUUCAAUGUGUACGAAAGUUUAGUGUGCGCAGCAGACGGAUCCACAGACAGAGUCGAGAGUGAAACGAGAAAAAAUGUCUCUUGCAACGAAACCCAUUUACUGUGUGUCCAGAGCAGGAAGAUUCCUGUUCUCCAAGACUAGUCUGGUGUACCGGAAUGCACCCACUGUGUCAGUGCUUGUGCAAGGACAUAAUUUAUUCUCCACGUCUUCCGUCCAGCUCAACAAACAGGCCAUCAACCCCCGACCAGAUUGGAAUAGGGCCGUGUCAGAAGCUGAAAAAAUCGUCGGCUAUCCUACGUCCUUCUUAAGUUUGCGAUGGUUGCUCAGUGAUGAAAUUGCCAAUAUCGCUCUCCAUUUGCGUAAAUUGGUUGGCUCUAACCACCCACUCCUGAAAACCGCAAAGGGCUUAUUAAAUAAUGGACGAAGCAGCAUGCAAGCCUGGGGUCUCAUCGUCCUUCUGGUAUCUAAAGUAGCUGGACACAAGCUUGUGGACGAUAUUGAAAUUGACAAAGCUGCAGGUGUUCUUCACAGCCAACGUGCUUUGGCAGAGGUCACCGAAAUGAUCAGGACAAGCAAUCUCGUGCACAAGGGCUUAGUUAACAUUUACCCUGGAAUGUACCCCGACGAUCGCACUAUGCAAGACAUGACCUUUGGCAACAAAAUUGCCUUACUAAGUGGUGACUAUUUACUUGGCAACUCUUGUGCUGAACUUGCCACUCUUCGAAACUGUGAGCUGGUCGAGCUGAUGAGCAGUGCUGUGCGGGACAUGGCUGAAGCUGAAUUUGUCGGAGAACGAGACAAACAAAACCAGCCGUUGCCUUCACCAGGGCUCACAGAGCAGGACUGGACCUUGCGCAGUGUUUUGUCAGCCGGUAGCCUAUUGGGCAAGUCUUGUCAAGGCACACUGAAACUGGCUGGCCAUGGAGAGGAGCUGCAGUUGAUGGGUUACAGAUUUGGACAACACUUGGCUCUGGCUUGGCAAGCAUGUCUCGAACUGGAGCCUUUUACUAGCUCCGCUGGGGCAGACGGACAGAUGUCAUUCACCUUGACGUCGGCUCCAGUCAUCUUCACCCUUCAACAUGACCCAUCUCUUUUUGAAGAGAUAGACAAAGGCAGGGAAAACAUUGAUGAUGUUGAUUACUCUAAGAUACACGCUGCUGUCAUGAAAGGACCAGGGAUUGCCCAGACCAAGGAGCUUCAGAGACACCAUGCUCAAAAAGCCUUGCAGGAGUUGGAAGGCUUUGAGGAGAAUGAUGCGAGAAAAGCCCUUUCGAACAUAAUUUUUGCCAUGGGUGAGAUCUGACUAGAACUCCAACACAGUAAUAGCUUAUAGGGCAGUGUAAUUAAUAUUUAAUUAUAAUAUGCUGACGAGACUGUGUUGUUUUCGAUGUUACAACUUUUACUUUGCCAAACCACUACUUGAUUGAUCCCCCAUGCAAUAUUUUUACAUCACACAAAAUUUAUCUGUAUAUUUACUGUUCGAAAAGACAACAUAAAGGGUGGAGGCAUAUUAUUUAAAUCAAAGAUGAAAAGUUUAUUGUGAAUGUUAACUUAAUGAAGAAUAUAUUUUAUUUUAUAACACAAUGGCGUUUACUUUUUGAUGUACUUAUCAAGGCACAACAAAUAAUAUACAGCUGUAUACAGCAAUUUUAUAUUAGAAAUUCUUUAUUAAAAAAACCAAAGAAUUAACAUAAGCAUUGAAAUUACAAGUAUUUAACAAAACCGUUUUGAGUUAAAGUUUUCCAAUAAAUAUAAUAAUAAGAUGGAUAGCAUCAGUCUGCCUUUCAUCAUCGAAUUGAUUAUAGUUUUAACUAGGCAAAUAAUCAGUGCUUUUGUAAAGUUUAUGGUAUGCAUCAGCAAGUAUUUAGUGAUCUCCAGCCCAUCUAUACAAAUAGCUCAAAUUGUAAAGUAAAAAAAUUGCGACAUUAAACAAAAUAUCAAAAGGCAACUCUUAAUCCAUUUCAGUUUCCAUUGGCUGAGAUUUUUGACCAGAACUAGAACUUGCAGAGGCUCCUUCUUCAUCAGAAUCAUCGUCUGCGCCACCCAAUAGUUGUUGCAAAAGGUUGUC